AUGGCAUUACGCUGUCGAGUGACAAUAACUCGAGCAGGAGGUGGUGGCGCCGAGGUCGAGGGAGCUGGGGAGGCCGGCGGGGAGGAGCUCGAUGGAGGCGAGGCAGCGCGAGGCGGGGACGGCGCUGGAGGCGGCGACGAAGACGUGUCUGGCAAGACACAGUCAGGCGCCGAGCGGGACGUCGAUCGAGGCGACGAGGCUGCAUGGGAGCCGGGCCCGGGCACGCCAGCCGAGGCAUGCAGGUGCAACAGUGGGACGUCGAUCGGCUGUGGCGAGGCAACAGGAGAGGCCGCCGACGAAGCUGCAGGUGGAGGCGCCGAGGAAACCGGCGCAUGA